AUGAAAAUAGAACCUGGAGCAUUUUCAAUGUGUCGAACUCUAAAAAUAGUGUUAUUACCAUUACAAAUACUUUAUCAUUCUACAGCACAAUCUGAUAUUAUAAAUGACGUCAAUAAUUAUAAUCAACCAAAGAGUUACUUGGGUGGGUGUUGUUUCAAUUGUUGUGAAUCACUUGUAGAAGUUGAGCUUCCUGAUUUCUAUGAGUAUUAUGGAAGUGAUUGCUUCUCAAAAUGUUCGAGUCUUCAAACUAUUAAAAUAUCAGAGAGUGUCACACAUCUCAAUGAUUAUUGUUUCAAUCAAUGCAUUUCAUUGAGUAUAGUAGUGUUUAACAAAAACUUGCGAUUUAUCGGAAAUAGUUGUUUUGCGUACUGUUCUUCACUCUGUGAAAUAAAUCUCCCACCAACAGUUGAAAAACUUGGAACUCUUUCAUUUAUAGAAUGUAAAAAUUUGAUGGUAUUAAGUGUGCCUGAUAAUACAACGUAUAUUGGUGAAUACUCCUUUGACCACUGCAACAAACUUUCAAAUAUAACAUUUAACACAAAACUCGUCGAAAUUCGAAACAACACUUUUUCUUAUUGUGAUUGUCUGACAAAUGUAUUUAUACCAAAGAACAUUAAGAUUAUUGAAAAAUAUGCGUUUCAAAAAUGUAAAAAUUUGAAUAUAUUUUUUAAAUAG